AUCUCAUCCGAUCACCACCACAAUCAAUCCCAGAACACAGAACCGAUGGAAGCUCCUGCGGGAGGCAAUCUCAGAGCGGUGGCUCUUAUCGCCGGCGAUAAGAACGUCCGAGGCUGUCUUCAGUUCACACAAGACACUUCCGGGACUACCCAUGUUACCGGAAAGAUCUCAGGACUCUCUCCUGGCUUCCAUGGAUUUCAUAUUCACUCUUUUGGUGAUACCACAAAUGGCUGCAUCUCUACUGGACCUCACUUCAAUCCAUUAAAUCGAGUUCAUGGGCCACCGGAUGAGGAAGAGCGUCAUGCUGGCGAUUUGGGUAACAUUCUUGCAGGAACAGACGGUGUUGCUGAAAUCUCAAUCAAAGACAAACAGAUACCGCUUAGUGGCCAAUAUUCUAUACUUGGUAGGGCGGUUGUUGUACAUGGUGAUCCUGAUGACCUUGGCAGAGGAGGACACAAGCUUAGCAAAUCAACAGGAAAUGCAGGCGCACGAGUUGGAUGUGGUAUUAUCGGGCUUCAAGCAUCUGUGGAUCCUAAAUUAUAGCUUUUGAGAUCAAUAAACUAUCCACACCAGAGCCAGACUCGGUUUUUCAUCUGUAGAUGUACAUCAGAGAAAUUGUAUAUUGAAUUACUGUUGAAGACAAGUAAUAAUGUAAACCAGUACGUGAGCUCAAGUUUUCUUUGAAAGUGAAUCAUUAUUGUUU